AAUCACACAACAUGUCUUCGAUCUUGACAGAUACGCCAGAUGGACUGUUUCAUACGAUUCUCAAAGCGCUCAAAGCGCUACCCAGAGAAUUACUAGUGUCCUGGCAUUUAUAUCGCAUACCCGUACUCGCCAUAGUAUCAGUAUUUUGUGGUUUAAUUAUUCUAUUUACUUCAAGAUAUCGUUGGUAUGACGAACCUCGCGGCGCCUCAAAUCUCAAAGAGCGACCAGAACAAAGCAUAGCCUCGGUCAUACAGAACAAAAUUUCACUGGAACAGAAGAUAGUCGCACAGAAAAUUGGACCUCGAAAGAUAGUCGGACAGAAGCCUCAGAGUCGUGCCAAAUUAUCGCUUGACACGUUUGACCAUACGACUCAGAAAGUACAACCACUUGUCUUCUUCAGCUCCUUGUCAGGCACCACAGAGGUUGCAGCUAAGAAAUUGACGGAGGAGCUAGACUCAUGGAUCAAGCAUUCGGAGUCGGAUUAUACGCCUCUAGAGCCUCGAGUACUAGACAUCUCAUAUGUAGAACUAGAUGAUUACUUCAUCACAGCACCGAAAGACGAUCCUGCUGUUAAAUAUUUCUAUCUCAUCCUUAUCCCCAGCUACGACAUAGACACAAUCCUGAGCAACUUUACCGAACACCUACGAGAAACCCACCACGACUUUCGCAUAGACACUGCCCCUCUAUCUGGACUCCUGGGAUAUGCCGUCUUCGGGUUCGGUGACAAGGAAGACUGGCCUUCGGAAGAGGAGGGAUUCUGCUAUCAAGCCAAGGAGGUGGACAAAUGGUUGGCAAAAUUGACAGGUCGAAAGCGCGCAUACCCACUUGGUCUUGGAGAUAUCAAGUCUGAUGCCAUAGCUCGACUAGAAGAAUGGCGGAUGGGAGUCCAGGACGCCUUGGGCGAGAUCUGUGCUGGGAAUGGUCUUGGAGAAGGGGUUCCUGGUAGUGGAGACCCUGUUGAAAGUGAGGAUGAAGAUGAGAUCUAUGAGGAUGACGAGGCACUUGCGGAGACUGAAGUAGCUGUGCAACCGAAAGCAAGGAAAACGAAGCCUAGUACAAGAUUAGACGAUCUUGAGGACCUGGGAAAACUGGUUCAGAAAACAGAAGAGACCGAUACUGGCCCAAUUGCCAUCGAUUUCACUACCUACAAGCCAUCUAAGCCGCGUAAAAGCGCGCUCACCGCAACAAUCAAAGAGAUGGUUCCCAAAACUUCUCCAACGUACGCCUCUCUCACCAAGCAAGGUUAUUCUAUUAUUGGAUCCCAUUCUGGUGUAAAGAUCUGUCGUUGGACCAAAUCUGCGCUUCGUGGCCGCGGGUCGUGUUACAAAUACUCUUUCUAUGGAAUACAGUCACAUCUGUGUAUGGAGGCCACACCUUCACUUUCCUGCAGUAACAAGUGUGUCUUUUGUUGGCGCCACGGAACGAAUCCGGUUGGAACAACAUGGCGCUGGGUAACUGACCCGCCAGACAUGAUCUUCGAUGGCAUCACCACAGCACAUUACAAGAAGAUCAAGAUGAUGAAAGGUGUGCCAGGGGUGAGAGCCGAGCGUUUCGCUGAAGCAAUGCGCAUCAGGCAUUGCGCGCUGAGUCUUGUCGGCGAACCCAUAUUCUACCCUCACAUCAAUGAGCUCCUUGCCAUUCUUCAUUCGCACCGCAUCUCGACUUUUCUGGUCUGUAACGCCCAACAUCCAGAACAACUCGCAGCACUUGUUCCUGUCACACAAUUAUACGUUUCUAUCGAUGCGUCUAACCGCGAGUCACUCCGACGUAUCGAUCGUCCCCUUCACCGCGAUUUCUGGGAGCGGUUCCUAGCAUGCCUCGAUAUUCUGCGUGCUCGCAGACAUGAGCAAAGAACGGUGUUCCGACUCACACUUGUCAAGGGCUUCAACGUUGACGAGGAAGUCGCUGGCUACGCUGAUCUUGUGGAACGCGCUCUCCCUGGCUUCGUGGAAAUCAAGGGAGUCACCUACUGCGGAACCUCUGCAUCUUCAUCGGCUGGUCUCACUAUGCAGAAUGUACCCUUCUACUCUGAGGUUACUGACUUCGUCACCGCGCUGAGCGCGGAACUUGAACGACGUGGUCUCGGCUAUGGCAUCGCCGCAGAGCAUGCGCAUAGCUGUUGUGUGUUGCUAGCUAGUGAACGAUUCAGGAGGGCCGGCCAAUGGUGUACGACGAUCGACUACAAGAGGUUCUUUGAACUGGUAGAGAGUAAGGGAAAGUUUGGUCCCGAGGAUUAUAUUGGGCAGCCAACGCCCGAAUGGGCUCUAUGGGGAAAUGGGGGCUUUGAUCCGCGGGAUCAGCGUGUUGUUGGUAGGAAAGGGAAGAGAAAGCACGUCAUUGAACCGACUCCCGAAGCUGAAGUUGCAGCUGAAGGGUAGGAUAGCUGCCCAGCCAGAGUGACAAUAAUGAGAAAAACACUC